ACAACACACAUACAUAUGUACUUAACAUUAAUAAAUAUACGAUACUCCUAAGUGGCUCAAACUAUUGAUAAGAUGACUUCCCAACAAGAAAUACCCGUUCUCUACACAGAGAUUUUUAUCAAUAACAAGUUCCAAAAAUCGACCAAAAAAAGAACAUUCGAAACUUUGAAUCCUGCAACUGGUAAAUUGAUUGCCAAAAUCGAAUAUGGCUCAGAAGAAGAUGUAGAUUUGGCAGUAAGAGCGGCCGAGAAAGCCUUCGAAUUCGAUUCACCAUGGAGAACUAUAGAUGCCUCUGAACGCGGAAGACUUCUUUAUAAAUUGGCCGAUGUUAUAGAGAAAGAGAAGGAAUAUAUUGCAAAAUUGGAAGCCCUUGACACUGGCAAGCCCUACAGUAUGGCACUCCUUGCUGACAUACCAGGAGUAGUAGACAAUCUUCGUUAUUACGCCGGUUGGGCAGAUAAGAUAACAGGACAAGUAAUUCCCCUAAAUGGCUCCUUCCAUACCUACACACGCCACGAACCUAUAGGAGUUUGCGGCCUGAUUAUCCCAUGGAAUUUCCCUUUACUAUUACUGGCAAUGAAACUAGGUGCUUCUCUUGCAGCAGGAAACACUGUAGUCAUUAAACCUGCAGAGCAAUCUCCAUUAACCAGCCUCUACCUUGGCCAUUUGGUCCAAGAGGUUGGCUUUCCUCCCGGGGUGAUAAAUAUAGUACCAGGAGAUAGGAUUACUGGGGCAGCCGUUGUCGAUCAUCCACGAGUACAAAAAAUUUCAUUCACAGGAUCUUCACAAGUUGGCUUAAAAAUUCACAAAGCUGUCGCCCAAGAGAACAAUCUGAAAAGGGUAACGUUAGAAAUGGGCGGAAAAAGUGCAGUUAUCGUACUAGGGGAUGUAAACGUGGACGAAGCCGUUCAAAAGGCCCAGGAUGCAGUCUUCACAAAUCAAGGACAAGUGUGCUGCGCAUUUUCAAGAACUUUUGUACACAGUUCCAUUUACGACGAAUUUGUUAAAAAGUCCGCCGAACGAGCAAAGACAAUUAAAAUAGGAGAUCCGUUUGACCAAGAGACCCAACACGGUGCACAAAUUGACGAAACUCAAAUGAAUCGAAUCCUCAAUUACAUUAGCUUGGGUGUAAAGGAAGGUGCACGACUUGUAGCUGGGGGCAACAGGGUUGGAAAGACAGGAUAUUUUGUGGAGCCCACCGUCUUUGCAGACGUCCAGGACAAUCACACUAUUGCCAAAGAAGAAAUUUUUGGACCGGUUCAGCAGAUCCUUAAGUUUGACGACAUAGACGAGGCUAUCAAAAGAGCCAACCAGUCCGAGUAUGGACUUGCUGCAGGCGUUUUUUCCAACGACGUUGACAAAAUCAAUUACAUCGUACCAAGAUUAAAAGCAGGCAGUGUUUGGGUAAAUUGCUAUUUAGCGUCAGGGUUGCAAUCGCCUUUUGGCGGCUACAAAAAUUCUGGAAUAGGAAGAGAAGGGGGAUACUACGGGCUUCUGCCUUAUCUUGAAGUCAAAACUGUUUCCAUGCCUGUACUCAAGAAAGUUUCGUAAAACAAAUACACAAAAAUUUUUUUCAACAGUUCCUAAAUUUCGCCAAGUUUAAGAGUAGUACUUAUUCAAUAGUUUACACUUUUAUCAACGUCCUAACAUGU